UCAAAUAUCCAAUAUUUUUGGAAAUAUUCUUUAUAUAUAUAUUUUAUAUAUUUAUUUUUAUUAUUUUUAUAUAAAUAAUAUUUCUUAUGAAAUAGCUAAGAAUGAACAAUUAAUAUCUCAGUAGUUUACUAAAUUAGUAUAUGUGUACAAUUUAUGUUAUGCGAGCCCGCUUAGCUCAGAGGUUAGAGCAUCGCAUUUGUAAUGCGAUGGUCAUCGGUUCGAUUCCGAUAGCCGGCUUUUCUCCAUUUGUUUGAUUUUUUACAUAAUUUAAUUGAUAAUGUGAAAUCAAAGUGAAAAACUUCUUUCCCUUUUCCCAAGGGUCACUGAUCUAUUUCUAUUAUUUCGUAGGAACUUCCAAUUAUGAAUAAAAAUUGGAUUGGAGGAGUUCGGUCUCUGUAGAACAAAUCAAUUAAGAUAAGAAAAGAACCCUAAAUUUUUAUUAUUUUAAAUUCUUUUUAUUUAUAUAAUACAAUUAUUUAUAUACAAUAAGGUACGGAUAUUGAUACAAUUCCUCUAAUUAUUUAUUCUUUGUAAUACUUCAGUAAAUUUCGCUUAAUUUAUCAUAUUUUAGUUUAGUUUUAAUUUUGUUUUAUGAAAUUUCAUAAAAAAUAAGGAGUCUUUAUGUCGCGUUACAGAGGACCUCGUUUCAAAAAAAUCCGUCGUCUGGGGGCUUUACCGGGGCUAACUAGUAAAAAGCCUAGAGCCGGAAGCGAUCUUAGAAACCAAUCGCGCCCCGGCAAAAAAUCUCAAUAUCGUAUUCGUUUAGAAGAAAAACAAAAAUUGCGCUUUCAUUAUGGUCUUACAGAACAACAAUUACUUAAAUACGUUCGGAUCGCCGGAAAAGCCAAAGGGUCAACAGGUCAGGUUUUACUACAAUUACUUGAAAUGCGUUUAGAUAACAUCCUUUUUCGAUUAGGUAUGGCUUCGACUAUUCCUCAAGCCCGCCAAUUAGUUAACCACAGACAUAUUUUAGUUAAUGGUCGUAUAGUAGAUAUACCAAGUUAUCGCUGCAAACCCCGAGAUAUUAUUACAGUGAGGGAUGAGCAAAAAUCCAGGGCUCUGAUUCAAAAUUAUCUUGAUUCACCCCCCCGUGAGGAAUUACCAAAACAUUUGACUCUUCACCCAUUCCAAUAUGAAGGAUUAGUCAAUCAAAUAAUAGAUAGUAAAUGGGUCGGUUUGAAAAUAAACGAAUUGCUAGUUGUAGAAUAUUACUCUCGUCAGACUUAACCAUAACUAAAAUAACAAGGGUUCGGGCAAUUUUGCCCCCUUCAUUUUGGCUUAAGUAAAGGGACCCGGGGUAAGUAAGGUAAGGGGUUUCAUCUGGGGAUUUUUCUCUUAUUCAUGUAUCAUAGAUCGGUAGGGUAUUUUCAUUCCUUGUCGAUUUUGUCCAGUAUUUUUCGUACCACAGAAAUUCGGGGUAGGAAUAGAUAAUCUAUAUCAAAGAAAGGUCUAACUGUUGGAGUAUCCAUUCUUAUUUGAUGCAUUGCAGUCAGUAACAUUGGUGAAUUAGUUGACGAGUACGGAAAGAGAGGGAUUCGAACCCUCGGUAAACAAAAGUCUACAUAGCAGUUCCAAUGCUACGCCUUGAACCACUCGGCCAUCUCUCCUACAUAAUGAUUAUGGCCCAAAAACCGAGUGAAUAGUGAGUCAUUCAUAUUAUUUUGGAUAGGUAUUAUGUACAUUCAAUUUUAACUCUAAAAAUAGAAAACUUUUCAUCAAAGAAAAAUACUUCCUCCGAGGCUGGGGAUAAAGAUAAAUCCUUUUGGGAAAAAUUGUAAAAUAAGGAUAUAUAUCUAUUCAUGUUUGCGAAGAUGGUGUUUCCGCCCUUUCUAAUAUUUAUACCGGAUUAAAUCACUCAAUUGAAACGAAUCCAAUGAUCGAUAUAUUUUUUUUAGACUGUGUUUAAUGGAUACCUUUAAAUCAUGAUUCUAUUUAGUUUACACUAUUAUUCAAUUUUCAUAAAAAUUAUAAAAUUUCUUUCCAGUUUUAGAUUUUUCAACAACAACUCUUUACUCCAACUUCUUAACCCAUAAAUUUAUUCCAAAUUCAUGAACCGCCCCCGGAUUUUUUUUAUUGAUUCCUGUCAAAAAGAAACAAUUUGAGUAAAAGGUCUUCCUUUUUAAUGAAUCCGUUUUUAUGUUAUUUCGUACUGCACAAUUCCUUUGUUUGUGGGAUCAUUUUCUCACGAAAGGGAAUUAAAAUAAAUUAUAGAAUGGAUUAAUACACCUAUGUCUAGAUCUGGGAUAAAUGGAAAUUUUAUUGAUAAAACCUUUUCAAUUGUAGCCAAUAUCUUAUUACGAAUAAUUCCGACAACUUCGGGAGAAAAAGAGGCAUUCACCUAUUACAGAGAUGGGAUGUCGGCUCAAUCCGAAGGAAAUUAUGCGGAAGCUUUACAGAAUUAUUAUGAAGCUAUGCGACUAGAAAUUGAUCCUUAUGAUCGAAGUUAUAUACUCUAUAACAUAGGCCUUAUCCACACAAGUAACGGGGAACAUACGAAAGCUUUGGAAUAUUAUUUUCGGGCCCUAGAGCGAAACCCAUUCUUACCACAAGCUUUUAAUAAUAUGGCCGUGAUCUGUCAUUACGGAAGGGAUUUACCCCCCUAUUCCGACCGGGGAGAACAGGCCGUUCAACAAGGGUAUUCCGAAAUUGCGGAGGCUUGGUUCGAUCAAGCCGCCGAGUAUUGGAAACAAGCUAUAGCGCUUACUCCUGGUAAUUAUAUUGAAGCACAGAAUUGGUUGAAGAUUACGAGGCGCUUCGAAUAAGAAGACUAUUAUUACUAUUAUUAUUUAAUUUAUAAUUUAGAUAUUUCGUUUUAU